GGGAAUCAUAAUCGCGAUGGCUAAAAACAAAGCCCGUGUAAAAGUGUCCGAAAACCGUGCGUAGCUUGAAACAAAUCGUAACUCGGCCAGAAAACUCGAGAGCGGCCGUUUUGGAGGACGCGUGCAUGGCCGUUUUAAUUGUCGGUGGUCGCAGAACCCAGCAAACCAUUAAGGAUUUUAAAUAAACGUUCGCCUUAAACGCAGUUCGUUCCCUCACACACACACACGCACAGUCGCAGACAAACACAUCGCGCAGCGCAUAUACACACAAAGAAAAGAAGGCAGUGAAAAUCGACAAGCGCACGCAUGCACACACAGACGAAUACGCAGGCGAAAAAGUGUUGAUAUAUAUCCAAUAUAUUGAUGUUGUGUGCACCGUUGUUGUUACUGCUACUGCUGUGUGAGUGAGAGUGAGUGAGUGGCAGAAGUGCGGGAGAGGGAGGGAGCGCGAAGGAUAAAGCGAAGAUGAGCCACAAAGCAAAGCAGUGAAAAAUAAUUAACGGCGAAGAGAGUGGAAAGAGCGGAGCGUAUACAAGAGGAGCAGCAACAACAAUAACAACGACUAGAAGACCCCUACAACACAACUACAAAUUGGUCCUCUCAUUUUGGCAGUCGUACAGCCCCAUCUCGCUCUCUCUUUCGGUGGGGGAUACGAAAAAGUUCACAUGCAACAACAACGACAACAAACAAUAGCAGUCCCAGUCGACGCGGGCAGAGGCAGCGACAGAGGCCGCGGCGCACUGAACGUAUUUUGUACAUAUAAACAAAAAUUGUUUUUAAUCUCCCAAAUCUAAAGUUAAAACUAAAGCCCUAAGCAUAAAUCUACAGUAAAUAAGUUAAUUAAACAGCAAGCAAAUCAAGCAUAUAGAGAGCGACGCAGAAAGAGGUGAGAAGCGGAGAGACAAAGAGAGAGAGGAGAACGCUCAAAGAAAUUCGCCUUUUACACGAUUUUAAAUUGAGCGUUCGGUUUGGCAGAGAUCCAUUAUACAUCCAUCCAAAAGAGAGGAGGAAAAGCGAGAGAGACGAACAGAGCGGAGCAAAAACAAAUAAUCGGGGAGCAGGAGCAGCUGAAAAAGGAGCAACUGUAAACACACACAAUCUCAGCCUCACGCUGGCGAAUCGCAACGGCAGCAACAACAACAGAGGAGGAGGCGGUGACGCUGGAGGCGGGGCAGCUGUGGCUGCCGCUGCCCGCAACAACAACAACAACGGUGGCGGUAACAACAACAAUGGAGGAGGCGGAGGAGCGGCUGCAGUCGGCGCUGGCGCCGAAGGAGCAGGAGGCGGAGGAGCGGGCCGAGACGGAGCGGGUGCAGCGGCCAACGAAUGGAAUCCGGAGGAAAUGGACCGCUUCAGCUCCGACGACUCCAUCCGCUUCGAGGAGGACUCUCUGUGCAGCUGGAGCUCCGAACCGGAAUCGCUGUGCAACAACUGGCGCGGUUGGAAGAAGCCCGCUGCGGGCAGCGGUGCAGGCAGUGGCGGUCUGAGCGGUAUGGGUAGCAUGGCGAUGGCGUUCGGAGCAGGUGCCUCCAGUUCGUGCACGCCGGGCGGCAGUGGAGCGGCCAUGGCCAACACAUCCACCUGCGGCAGAUAUUAUGAAGUUUCCACAUUGGCCGAACUGGCAGCCCGCUGUGUGGCCUCCUACAUACCGUUUGAGCUCGUGGAGCAUGUGUAUCCGCCGGUGCCAGAGCAGCUGCAGCUGCGCAUUGCGUUCUGGAGCUUUCCGGACAACGAAGAGGACAUCCGGUUGUAUUCUUGCCUGGCCAACAGCUCUGCGGACGAGUUCAAUCGCGGGGACUCGUUGUUUCGGGUGCGAGCCGUCAAGGAUCCGCUGCAAAUAGGCUUUCAUUUGUCGGCCAGCGUCAGUCAGACGCCGCGUGCGUAUUUCAAUGUGGCCGUCACCUUUGACCGUCGACGCAUCUCCUCAUGCAAUUGCACCUGCACCUCAUCGGCCUACUGGUGCUCCCACGUAGUCGCCGUUUGUCUGCAUCGCAUACAUUGUCCACAGGAAGUCUGUUUGCGGGCUCCAGUUUCCGAGUCGCUGACCCGCCUGCAACGCGACCAGCUGCAAAAGUUCGCCCAGUAUCUGAUCAGCGAGCUGCCUCAGCAGAUCCUUCCGACAGCCCAGCGGCUCCUAGACGAGCUGCUCAGCGCCCAACCGACGGCGAUCAACACCGUGUGCGGUGCACCCGAUCCGACGGCUGGCGCCUCAAUCAACGACCAGACCAGCUGGUAUCUGGACGAAAAGACGCUGCAUAACAACAUUAAACGGAUCCUCAUCAAGUUCUGUUUGCCCGCCCCGAUUGUGUUUAGCGAUGUUAACUAUCUGACAAACUCGGCUCCCCCGGCAGCGGCCGAGUGGAGUUCUUUGCUGAGACCGCUGCGCGGUCGUGAGCCGGAGGGCAUGUGGAAUCUGCUCUCGAUCGUACGUGAGAUGUACAGGCGCUGCGACCGGAACGCAGUGCGUCUGCUGGAGAUCAUUACGGAGGAGUGCUUGUAUUGCGACCAAAUACUGAUCUGGUGGUUCCAGACGAAGUUGGCGCUAAUGAUGGGCUCACACGGCCAUUCGGGCGGUAAGCACUCGAACACACACUCCAAUUCCACGGCCCUGCAGCAUGCUUGCAGUUCGCUGUGCGACGAGAUAGUGGCCUUGUGGCGAUUGGCAGCGCUUAAUCCCGGCCUGGCGCCGGAUGAGCGGGAUAUGCUGCACGCGCAGUUCACGGCCUGGCACUUGAAGAUACUCGAUCGGGUGGUCAAGAGCCGAAUGAUGCCGUCGUCGUACACCAACAAGCACCAGCAGAACUCGCGGUCCGAGACGGAACUGUUCAUUGGCUUUAAACCGGCCAUCGAGGCAUGUUACUUGGACUGGGAGGGUUACCCAAUUCCCGGGGUGACGCACACCCACGACACGAAUCCCAUCUACUACUCGCCCUUCACCUGCUUCAAGCAUACAGACCUGAAGGGCGAGACCAACAAUCCCGGCCAGCUGAAUGCUACCCAAGCGCUGAUGACGAACAACAAGCACUAUAAUUACUUUAGUGCCUCCAGCGAUCACGGCAUGCACGCGGGAGCCUUUAAGCAGAGAUUGGACAGACCCUUUCGGGAGUCACGAUUCUAUACAAAUCCGACCGAUCUGGAGGGCUCAGCAGCAUUGCCUGGCGGAGGAACUGGCAGAUUUUCCACGGGAUUGGGUUCUGUUGGGGUGGGUGGAGCUGUCGCAGGUGUUGGUCAAAUAAGCGGAGGAGUAAACAACUCUAUUGGAGCAGCGACCGCCGAAGUGAAUCCUGUACAGCAGCAGCUCCCAAGUGGCUCCGCAGGAGUCAGUGCCUCUGUGGCAAAUGUCAAGGUAGUGGUAGCAGCUGAUGGUAAUCGUUCGAGUGCCAGCAGCGAGGGAUUCUGUGAAAACGAUGAUUUCGGCGGCGACACUAGCAGCAGUCACAAUUACUGCCCACCUGGACAAGCGGUUGUGCCCGGCCAAAAAUCGGCCCUCACGGAGUCGGACUCGCAGAGCAGCUUUGAUGCAGUGUCGCAGCAGAGCAAGGAUGAGGUACCAGUAGGGGGAGUGGGUGUCACAGUGGGCGUAGAACAAGUCCUCUCCACAUCGGACACUUCGUCUGCUUCCUCGGCAUCUUCAUCGGCCUCGACAGCUUCGGGGAGCUCAAACAGUUCCACUUCCUCUAUGCUGAUGGCUGGGCAGGAGGCUACUGUUGGAGCUGGAGACACAGUGCAGCAGACACCUCGUCGAUUGAGCAAGGAUGAAUCCUUUAGUAGCAGUAGCGACGAGUUUAACCAAGGAACAGUGGGUGGAUCAGCAGGUGGAGUGGGUGGAGCCGGUGGAAACGGAUCAGCUGUAGGGGAACCAGUACAGGGAGGAGCGGGAGCAACUGCCGGUGGAGACCUCACGCCAGUGCCCAGCACUUCGGCAGCAGCUAGAGCCGCCUUGGCCGCCAGCUCCUCAGUGCCUGUACUGCCCACUUCACCUCAUCUUGUAACCAGCGCUGCAGGAGGGAUGGGAGCUCUGGGACUGGGUGCUUCAGUGGACCAGCCUUGCACCUCAUCCGCGCACACAUCCCGAACUCUGGCAGCAGCAGUAGCGGCCUCCAGCGACAAACCGCAUGUCUUCUCCAAUGUCCGACCCACAGAGGACGCUUGGGAUAUACUGUUGGCCAGAGCUGAAGGACUGCAUGCUCACGGUCACGGCGGGGAGGCUUGCAUCCUGGCAGUACGUCUGGCAGAGCAGAUGCUGGCCAAUCCUCCCAAUCUUCUGCUGGAACUGCCACCCGCACCUAAGAGAAAAGGCAAGAAGCAGAACGUAAAUCCCAUUUCACAUCAGCUGACAGUCGUGGCCUCCGCUACACUGUCCAAGUGCGCUUUUCUAUGCACAGUGCUCUCGGAGAAUUCGGAACACUACCAUAUUGGUUUUCGAAUAUGUCUGUUCGCAUUGGAGAUGCCACGACCACCAGCCAGCACCAAACCCCUUGAGGUGAAGUUGGCCAACCAGGAGGCGGACAUACUGGCUCUCCUAAAGCGUCUGCCGCUGGGAUCCGCGGAGCUUCAGGUAAUCCGAGAGCGAGCGGAGCAGCUGCGCAGUGGAACCUUUAAGACGCGAGGGGAGGCUUUGCUGCCGAUUAACCUGGCCACUUUUAUCUUCGAUGCUCUGGUUACCCUCAGCCCUGCAGGGGGCUCUACGAUUGGCCCUGGGGUGGCUUCUUCAAGCGGUGGAGGUAGUGCGGCAAGUAAAUCCAUUGUCAGCACGGGUGCCCGUUUACUGCUGUACAAGCAUAACAGCGAUGAGAGUCUUGGAUUCGAUGCUGCAGUGGCAGCUCUGGGAUUAAAAGCCAAUGUCUCGGAAGCAGAGCAUCCGUUGCUGUGUGAAGGAACCCGCCGACAACGUGGGGAUCUCGCUCUCACAUUGCUUUCCCACUACAAGGAUGAGCCCCGCAAAAUAGCCAAGAUCAUGGAGAAGUUGCUGGACAGGGACAUACACACGCUUCUAAAUGCCCCGCUCCUGCCCGCAUACUAUUCGAGUAAUCCGCCAGUGAGGACACCAAGUAAUCAGCCAACGCGGCGGGAGGAGCACGAUUAUGGGGGUGGCUCUGGAUGCGCCUCUUCCAACUGUAAUCCGGUAGCCAAUCUAUGUGAGCUUCUGCCAACGGAUUACGGCAGCGUAGGAGGAAACAGUCGACCACACAGCUCCACGAGCGCCGAACUGGAGCUGAGUAUGUGCGCUUUAAGCAUGGCCAGCAGUGGCAGCCAGUCGGGAGGAGGACAAGGUAUAGUUCCCACACCGAAUGCCGCAGGAACCACGGGGACACCUAGUUCGAGCAGCACUACGGCCAGUGGGAGUCAAAAUCCCAACGGAAAUCCCAGUGGUGGUAGUGGAGGAGGAAACGGUGGCGGUGGUGGUGGCAACGGUGGAGGAGGCGGUGGUGGUGGUGGAAGCUCCAGCAGCAGCCGAAGCAAGGAAAGCCGCUACAAAGGAAAGAGGGCAUACCCUUCGAUACCCAACCAGCCAUCGGAGGCCAGUGCCCACUUCAUGUUCGAGCUGGCCAAAAAUGUGCUGACGAAGGCCGGCGGCAAUAGUUCCACAUCCCUGUUCACUCAGGCGAGCACCAGCCAGAAUCACCAUGGACCUCAUCGUGCUCUCCACAUGUGCGCCUUCCAGUUGGGUUUGUAUGCUCUGGGUCUGCACAACUGCGUCAGUCCCAAUUGGUUGUCCAGGACCUACUCGUCGCACGUCUCGUGGAUCCUGGGGCAAGCGAUGGAGAUCGGAGCGCCGGCAAUUAGUUUUCUAAUUGACACUUGGGAGGCGCACCUCACGCCUCCCGAAGCGGCUGGUAUGGCGGAUCGCGCGUCUCGUGGAUGGGACAGCAACAUGGUUUACCCGGCGGCGGAGCUGGCCCUAUCUGUUCUGCCUCAUGCAGCUGCCCUCAAUCCGAACGAGAUCCAGCGUGCGAUCCUGCAGUGCAAGGAGCAGAGCGAUCUGAUGCUGGAGCGGGCUUGUCUUACCGUGGAGACAGCUGCUAAAGGCGGCGGUGUCUAUCCGGAGGUGCUGUUCCAGGUGGCUCGCUAUUGGUACGAAUUGUACAUGCGAAACACGCCGAAUAACAGCGAGCACGAGCCGCACGACGACACCAUGGACCAUUCGGCCGUGAGUCUGAGCGCCCUGAUCGAGUCCCAGCAGCAGCAUGAGCUCCAACAGCAGCAGCAGGCAGUGCAACAGCAACAGGCGGUGCAGCAGCAACAGCAGGCGGUGCAGCAACAACAGCAGGUGGUACAGCAGCAACAGCAGCUCGGUAUGCCCAAUUCUGGGGUGCCAGGAGGAGUUGGUCCUGGGCCUGGUCUCCCUGUCGCCGUGCCCCCGCCCGUAGUUGGCUCUGUGCAGAAUCCGCAGGCCCAGUUCCAGCCCGUAGGCGUCGCCUCGCUGGCUCCCCUCGGACUGGCGCCGUAUCCACCGUACAGUUUUUGUCAGGGGUUGUACGCUCAUCACCACAACCUAAGUUAUCCGCCCGGACAGAUGCAAAUGUACAUCUCGGCGGGACCCCCGCCGCCUCCGCAGGCCUAUGGUGGUUACCAACAAGCGCCGCCCCAGCAGCCGCCCAAUCCGCAGCAACAGCAGCAGGUUGUGCAACAACAAGUGCAACAGCAGCAGCAGGUGGUGCAACAGCAGCAGCAACAGGUUCAGAUGGCGGGCCAGGCUCCACCGGGCCAUCCCGGUCAGCAGGGUCACCCGGGCCAGCCGCCUUCUGGCUUCCAGCAACCACCGCUGCCGGGAGCAUUCCAGGCGCUGCCACCGCAGGCCUACCAGGCGAUGCAGGCAGGUCCUCCGGGCCCGCCGAUGGGACCGCCACAGGGCUAUUAUGGCCCACCGCCGCCUCCGCCUCCAAACGGACCGCCCGGGGUGGGCGUGAGCGUAAUGCCAAUGCGCCAGCAUCAGCACCAGCAUCCCGUGUACCCCUUCAUGCAGCAGGCGCCGCCGCAACCGCAACAACAGCAACAACCGCCGCCCUCACAGCCACCUGUGCGACAGCGACAACCUCAUCAAUUCACACCCACCCAGCUGCGGUAUCUGCUGGCCGCCUACAACGUGGGCAUGCUGGCUAUGGAAACGCUAGCGAGACGUGUUCACGAUGACCGGCCGCAAGCAAAGUACGCCCGAAACCCGCCGUACGGCGAGGAUGUAAAAUGGCUGCUGCGCAUCAGCAAGAAGUUGGGCACCCAGUAUCUGCACCAGUUCUGCAUCUGCGCGGUCAACUCGAUCGUAAGUCCGUUCGUGCUGCACGACGUGGCCAUCGAAUCCGCCCAUUAUCUGGGCAGAAACAACCACCAACUGGUGAUGCAGCACCUGCGCUCUGCGCUCACACCUCUCGUCCAGAAGUGCCAGCAGAUGUAUAUUCAGUGCAUCCAUCAGAAGCUGUACCAUCUGACUCAGGGCGACUAUGAGGAGUUUGCCAGUAUCGUUGUUGCAGCCCGCGCCGCCUUCCAAAUCACACCCGAGGGUAGCGCCCAAUUCAAGGACUGGCUGCAGUCUAUCAAGCGAUCAAAAUCGUGCAAGAAAGAGCUGUGGACCCAGAUCAAUGCGGCUCUACAAAGCAACUCCAAAUGACAAAGACUUGACUCUUGCAAUCUGAUGACGGCAGUGGCAACAGCAACAUUGGCGACGGCGGCGGCUGCAACGACAACGGUCACAGCAGAAUGCAAGGCAACAACGCCGGCUGG